GAUUGCAGUAUUAUAAGCUAGUGAUGUUAGCAUAUAUCAUUAUGAUCCAUAAGUGAUCGACAAUAAAGGUAUCAUUCGAGUCGUGCUCCUUUAGACGAAUCCUUCUCCGAUAAACGAGAGCCUGGUCCGGGUCUUGACCACGGUACCAACCUACAAGCUCGUGAGAUUCCUAUAGCUAAGCCAUCUUACACAUCGCUGCAGUGAAUCAAAUUGCCGCAACCAGUCAGCCUUAUAUCACGUUUUAACAAAACCACCGUAAUAUGGACUACUAGAUUAAGCCAUACUGAUAUGCGCAUUAUUCAAGCUCCGCGUCGUCACGUGCUAUGCAUGUAAAAAGGCCUUCGCGGGUGUUGGUCCCCUUCCUCUCGAUCGUUAUUGAGCGCAGUAGCAACAGAUAAAAUAUUCCGCAUGUCGAGUAUAAGUGGAAAAAUUGGUCGAUCAAACGAAAUAACCACUCGAGACCGGACAUUUAUUUCGUUUAGCUAACAUUUGACAAAAAAUGGCCGGUACCAAACCCAACUGUUUCCACGGAUUCUUAUCAACCGAAGAUGUCCAAGCUGUCGUAACUAAAGCCUUAGGACCAAAUGUCAAGAUCGUCGAUUACCGGGCUAAGUCCUACUCCGAGGUCAGAGUAGGUUUUCUCGGUGCGCAUUCCCUUCUGGAAGUCACAGUCCAAAGAGACACUACCACCUUCUCGGAGAUUCACUCGUUCUUCGUCAAGUGUAUUCCUCACAACUCGGAAAAAGAGGCAAAGCUAAUCACCGAUUACCAAGCGUUCAAACGCGAAACCACGUUUUUCCGCGACUUGGUGCCAGAGUUGCUGAAGAAAUUCAAAAGCGAGCAGUGGAGCCCCGAGUGUUACUUGGUCAAAGACGAUGUACUGGUCUUUGAAAAUCUCAAGAUGAAGAAAUUCAGAAUGUCCAAUCUUAUCUUAGACGAGGCCGCCGUCAAGGCUGCAGCUUCGACUCUAGCAAGGUUCCACGCGGCGUCAGUCGUGGCGGAGAAGCGCCUGAAAAAGUCCUUUCACGAGAUGUAUCCCGGCUUGUUCGUACAAAUGGUUUCUCGCUGCCAUCGACGUCGUCAUCGGCGUGGCUGAGUAUCUGAACCUUGACACCGGCAAAGUACGCGGUUAUCUUAUGAAAAUCUUUGAGAUGGCAAAGCCUUCGAGUACGAGACCUAACAUCCUAUGCCAUGCUGACUUGUGGUCCAACAAUAUUAUGAUAAACGAUAUGGAUGAUUCGCCAAAGUGCAUACUUGUCGACUUCCAGACGCUGAGGUACGGACCACCAGCUGUAGAUCUCGCACACCUGAUAUUUUUGACGAUGCCUCGAAAGUCACGCGAUUCACUGGAGAAGAGUGUAGUCCAACAGUACCACGAGGUCUUCAAGGAAACAGUAAUGAGGAACGAGCCGGAUAUGGCGGUAAGGAGUUUGCAAGAGUUACUGGAGGAGUAUGAAGAAUAUAGGCACUAUGGACUGAUUUAUGCAGCCCUUGCACAUCCGCAGAUUUACAUGGACGAGGAUUUCAAAACUGAGCUGAGCAAGGAUACCGUGGCUUACGAAAAGUUCUUCUUCGAUGAAAGAAAUGGACUUGUGAUAGAACUAAUGGAGAAGAAUCCGGAUUACAGGGAAAAGAUAACAGAACUCGUGAAGGAAGCCGUCGAAUAUGCCAAUAGGACUUAAUUUUCUGAGUUUGUGAAGAAAUUAUGUUUUAGCAAAUGAUGACAGGUUGAUGAGCCUCGUGAUAAGGCGUUGUCGUUUAGAGAUAUAUUGCAUUGUAAUCUUGUUAUACAUAGUAUUUUGUAUACAUACAUAUUUUGUAUUCACUAUAUUGUAAUUUUAUGACUUAUAAAAAAUAAUUAAUAUCAAAGUCAAAGAUAUAGUUGGGUUUUAUGAUAAUACUAGUUUGAAACAGAUGUAUGUUUUUCACAUAAAUUCAAUUAAUCAUAUAACUAUUUUGUGCUGUAAGAUACAUAUCACAAAGAAUCAUCACAGCUUUUUUAAAAAGAGUUUUAAAAAUAUUAUUUGCGCAAAAUCGGUCAGAAAAAUCUUUAGCAUUCACUUGUAAACGAAUAAGAUUUUAUUUGUAAAACCUCGUUUGGCUUGCGGAGGAUCUUGGUACAACUAGCACCAUCUGCACUGUUGCUUCCAUAAGUGAGAGGUGUGGAGUCGCGGAAUCUGCAGCCGCAAGGUGCCGACACCUGGUGUUCUGGUGAAAUUCAUGAGUAACUCAUGAGAUAAAAGGUGCGUGAGAUUUUCAACUUAUUUUCAAAUUUUCAAUAUAUAUUCAUAAAUCUUGCUGAUCAUAUUAUGUGUUAGCUGACGUUCCAUUUAUUAUAAUAAUGUUAAUAUUGGAAUCGUUUUAAUACAUGUGUAUGUAGAACGAAAGGGAUGAACUUUGUAAAAUAACUUUUGACACACUGAAAUCAAUAAACUAUAUUUAUUAGUUUUAUGAAACUUAUUGCUAUCGUAAAUUUAAAAUAUAGAAUUCGAAAAUAUAAAAGUACAGACUUCACAUGUUAUAAUACUAUUUAUUUAUGUGAUUGUUUAUAAAGAUAUAUAAAAGUAACUGCGACGUUCUCUUGUUUUACACCGGACGCAUGGCAAACAACUGUACAGUAUAAAUACAUAUUUAUGAUAAGUAUAUUGGUCGGGGUGGAGCAAGCUAAAAUAAAAAAAAAAUAUAUAUCAGAAAGUCAGAUAAUAAUCAGUUACCUAACUGUAAGUUGCAGAUAAAUAUUAAAUUUGUUUAAUAUAUAUAUACUCCGUUCAUAUGUAAUAUAAUUCAAUAUAAAAAAGCUGACGUACCAUUA